AUGUUAUCUGUUGGUCGUGAUCUUGAGAUUCAGACUGUGAAAAGAUAUGUUGAUCCUAUUAAAGCUCCUACUACUUGGGAAGAAGCAUAUGCUACUCUUGAAUAUAUUGAUGAAUUAAGGGGUCAUGGGGUUCCUGUACCUGAGAUAGUUCAUGGUGACAUAUCAAAGAAAACUUCUAAAAGGUCAUGCUUUAAGUGUCGUGAGAUAGGUCAUGUGUCAAGUUGUUGUCCUUAUAAAAAGAAUAAGACUAGGAUAUCACCUGAGAAGUCUAGAGGUAGUAUGGAGUCCAGUGGAAACUCUAGUUCAUCAAAGGGCAUUUCAAUGAAAGAUUAUAAGGAUAAAUAUUAUGAAGAGUAUAUAAAGAGAAAUCCUGAUAGUUUAGCAGUGCAGAAUUAUAAGAGAUUUACAAAAUUUGAAAAGGACUGUGAAACUAAGGAUAAUAAGCCUAGAAGUUCUAAUCCUGUUGAUCGCUUUCAGAGACAUAGUCCUAGGAGGUUAUCGGCAUCGUCUCCUGAGAGAAUGUCUAGAUUUCAAAAGGAUUUGAGGGAUAAUAACCAGAGGCUGCCUACAGAUAGGAGGACUAGUGGUUCCCCAAGUCGUCGACACAGUGAAGGAAGAAGUUCAAGGACUUCACCCAGACAAGGACCCUCCAACAGUUUAACUUCUAAAUCUACUAAAGCAUAG